GAGAGAGAGAGAGAGAGAGAGCGAGGGCACUCGUGUUCGCUUCACCUCAGCUCUAAGCCCUUGGGCAGUUAAAGAGUCGAGGGCGAUGGUUGCGUUAAUUUACCAAAUUCGCAUUUAAUGAACGGAAACUUAAUCUGGAUUGGUUUUAUUAAUAGAAUAUUCCCGAGCAUUAAAAGGGGUCAGAAAACACUUUCAUGUGGAAUAGUUAAGACCAUUCACCUUUUUUUUCUCACAAAUUAAGACAAAUGUAUCUGCUUUGAUGUGUGUGACACAGAGUGUAACAAGAUGCAUCGGCAGUAGACUAAGGAUGUUUCUCUCCCUGUGAUCUCUCUCCUCUAGUACCUCAGGAUCUCUCACUGGAAGAGAGGGGUGAGCUGUCAAACAUCCGACGGAGGAAGAGAGAGCUGCUGGAUGAUAUUGAACGCUUGAAGUUUGAGAUAGCUGAAGUCAUGACUGAGAUUGAGCAACUAACAUGUGUAGGAGAAAGCAAAACAACACAGCGGAACAAACAAAUCGCCAUGGGGAGGAAGAAAUUCAACAUGGAUCCUAAGAAGGGGAUCCAGUUUCUCCUGGAGAACGACCUUCUGCAGCACACCCCAGAAGACAUCUCUCAGUUCCUCUACAAGGGCGAGGGCCUGAACAAGACGGUCAUCGGAGACUACUUAGGGGAGCGAGAUGAGUUUAACCUCAAGGUGCUGCAGGCGUUCGUAGAGCUCCAUGAGUUUGCUGACCUCAACCUCGUCCAGGCCUUAAGGCAGUUCCUGUGGAGUUUCCGUCUUCCUGGUGAGGCUCAGAAGAUUGACCGGAUGAUGGAGGCAUUUGCCUCGCGGUACUGCGGCUGUAAUCCGGGGGUUUUCCAGUCAACAGACACAUGUUAUGUGCUGUCGUUUGCCAUCAUCAUGUUGAACACCAGCCUGCACAACCCCAACGUCAGAGACAAGCCCCCUGUAGAGAGAUUCAUCUCCAUGAACAGAGGCAUUAAUGAGGGAGGAGACCUGCCAGAGGAACUACUCAGGAAUUUAUUUGAUAGCAUCAAAAAUGAACCCUUCAAAAUCCCAGAAGACGAUGGCAAUGAUCUUACACACACGUUCUUCAACCCCGACAGAGAGGGAUGGCUACUGAAACUAGGUGGAAGAGUGAAGACCUGGAAGAGACGGUGGUUCAUUCUGACUGACAACUGCCUGUACUAUUUUGAAUACACAACGGACAAGGAACCUCGUGGGAUCAUUCCUCUAGAGAACCUUAGCAUAAGAGAGGUGGACGAGCCCAGGAAGCCGAACUGUUUCGAGCUCUACAACCCCAAUCACAAGGGUUCAUUGAUCAAGGCGUGUAAGACUGAGGCGGAUGGCCGGGUCGUCGAGGGCAACCACACAGUGUACAGGAUUUCAGCGCCCACCACAGAGGAGAAGGAGGAGUGGAUCAAAUCCAUCAAAGCAAGCAUCAGCAGGGAUCCCUUCUAUGACAUGCUAGCCACCAGGAAGCGGAGGAUAGCCAAUAAGAAGUGAGGAGAACCUGACCACACCCACCCUAUCAUCAGUGACACCAGCAUGGACCUCCAGGAGACAGGAGACAUGGCCACAGCAGACAAGGGGAUCCAGAUUUAGUGGGGAUUUGACUUCGGAUGCAACCUGUCUACACUUCAUCAGUACGGAUAAAGGACAAGUCGGGAAGGGCACUUGACAUUUUGGUUAUAAGUUCAUUUUCAGAUGCAUGUGUGAAUGCAAUGCACACAACUAUAAAUUGUAUGUGUGAAUGUACUGUAUUGUGAAAAGGACAAUGGUCUGAGCAGUAUGUAUGAGGCUGUGUGGGGCCUCCCCAAUGUCCCCAUACAGACGGCGCUUUCCCCAACCAUCGAAGCAGGCUCGAAGAAACAUGGACAGCUUGGCUAGCUCCACAUUGUCCUCUAGUGGGUGAAUAGAGUAUGAUUUCAAUGUCAGAAGAACCUCAAACGUUUAGGAAUCAACGGGUCAGAUUUUCACCUGCAAAACAACUGAUACAAGUAGUGUACAAUAAGAAUUUGUUUUCUUUCCUUUUUUUUUUAUAAUGCCAUACCCAGUUGUUGCCAGUUUAUAUUAGAUAUCACUAUGGUCUAUGUAAGGUCAAAUGUGAAUUCCUGCAGAGCUAUAAUAUACUGUAUUAAUAAUACAUAUUGUCAAGUUUGUGUGACAGUUAUUCAAAGCUAGUUUAUGUAUUGAUUCAAAGUCCACUGCUGUACAUUUGCUUUUCAUAUUUAUUUUCUAAUUACAAAAGUGUAUUCCCCUUGACAUUAUAUGUACUGUACAUAGUUUGUUGCUGUAGCAUGUAAAAGGUUAUGGCUAGCCUACACCCGUUUGUUCACAUUUCAAAGUUGAGCAAUGAGCAUUACAGAUUACAUACUGCAGUGGAAGAAACCCUCAACUCCAACUCCACAGAGCAAAUGAAGAAAACAACUUCUCAUAUUUCUAAAAGAAACAGAUAAAUGUAGCAGCCAAGCCAGCUGGUUUUUACAUUGGAAGGUGUCAAGGUGAAAACGAAUGGCUCUAUUCACUCUGUAUCGUAGAAGUCAGCGUUACAGCGUGAUUGCCAAUACAUUUCAAUGUUCCCGCGUAAGCAGAGACUGCAUUCACGGUAAACGCUGCAUAUGUCAGCUCAAUUGGAAAUGACCUCAAUUUCUAGAGUGCCAAGUGUAACACUUCAGCAAAAAGUUUGAAUAGAUCAGGUUUGGAUCUAAAUCGCCCCAUUGUGAGACAGAUGAGCUUUUACAAAACUUUUGUAAAGUUCCAAGAGAAUCUCAGAAUGUUACAGCAGCCUUAAUGUUGAGAAUUUUGAGUAAAAAUACCAGAUCUUCUCCUGUUUAACUGACCAGUCUGAUACCUACCCAGCCAUCUAUUCUUUAGGUUAUAGCUUCCACACGGUCUAUUGUAUGUGGACAUUAGUACACCGGUCCUGUUUUGAACUCCCACACUAUCAUUGUGUAACCUGGAAACAAUAUGAAAAAUUACCUAACCACUGUUAGCCCUAAAUCCAAAGUGUUUCAGUCUAUCCAAGCAACCAAUUAAACAAUCACUCAUGCAAUCUUUUUUACCAAAAGUCAGACAAAUUACUCCUUCCAAUAAAAUGGCAGAAACUUUUCACCAUCUGUGUGUACAUCCCCAAUCAAUCAACAGCAUUCACUCAAAAAAAUAAUAAUAAUAAUGACAUUAAAUGUAUUAAGGCGUUUUAUAUACCUUGUACAAUGUAUAAAUUUGACAUGCUAUUGUAGAACUAGAAAUGUAUUAACAACCAUUUACAUGUUUUGGUCUUUUUUUUUAAGGUAGAAAACAAAGCCAUCCAAACAGACCAAAAGCAGAUCAUCAUACCAUUCUACUGACUUAUGUCCAUAGAACACAGUCUAAAUUAUGUUGUGGGAAUUCUAAAACAAAAAAAGAAAUUCUACAUUGGUAUUCCUGAUACAGGACUGUUUUAAUGUAUAAAAAAAUAACUGAUAGUACAGUUCAAAAUUAAAUUCACAGUAUUCUUUUGGAUGCAAUAAAAAAAAUAAAAAAAAACAGGUCCACAGCCAUAAGAUAACAUGAUUAUUAUUAUGAUUUUUAAAUCCUUGAAUGAGUUAAGGAUAGAAAUUAUAUCUCAGUGAAAGCGAGUGAAGAGAGGGAUGCAGAGGGAGGGAAUCUUCUCCAGUGACGUGUUGAGAGAAAGAAUUGUAGGCUUAAGAGAAUUUAAAAAAGUAAUUGAAAGCAACAAAGAGCUGGCAAUGUCCUUAUGUCUAUUGGAGUAGAUGGUGGUAAGUGCACACGUAGUCACCACCGCCAGAUCAUUCUCUUCCACACGGUCCUCACUCCUUCAUAACGUUUCCCUCCAUUUUCUUUUAAUCUUUUUUUUUUACCAACAACUCCAGCUAUACAGAUAUGUGGAUAAUGGUGACAAACUUGCAGCCAACUGAAGUCAUAUCAAACAGGUCAUCUCCUAGGCAACAACAAUAGUUGUUCGAUUAUUUAACCAAGUGGUCACUUCACUGAGGAGGAAAAAGUCUCAUUUUAACAAAUCCUGAGUCUUCCACUAAGCAGCAGUUGAGAUGAUCAAGCUCCAGGCUUCUUUUUUGUUUACAACGUGUAUAUAUAUUAAUUAUUUUUCAUAAAUGUCCAUUGAGUGACAAGUGUCUACCGAAUGAAUUA